AUGAGAACCGCUCAAGUGGCUGCCUUUGGAACUCUGCUCGCCGGCUGUUUGCUCCUGCUGGUGCUGCCCGUACAGUCGGCACCCGGUACACCCGAAGGCCGUGUGGUGGGCGGUGAGGAUGCGGCCAAGGCGCAGUUUCCCCACCAGAUCUCCCUGAGAAAUGCCGGUUCCCAUACUUGUGGCGGUUCCAUUCUGUCCAAGAACUACAUCCUAACCGCCGCCCACUGUGUGAUCAACGCGAAUGCGGCCAGUUUGACCAUUCGAGCGGGUUCCAAUGAUCGUCUGAGCGGGGGAGUGCUCGCCCAAGUGGCCGAGGUGAUUAUCCACGAGGAGUACGGAAGUUACCGCAACGACGUGGCCCUGCUGCGCCUGGAGACCCCUCUGAUCCUGUCCACCAACAUUCAGACCAUCGAUCUGCCCACCGAGGACACGCCCGCGGAUGUGGACGUCAUCAUUUCCGGCUGGGGAAGGAUCAAGCAUCAGGGCGACGUGCCCCGCUAUCUGAAGUACAACACCUUGCAGUCCAUCUCCUUGGACAGGUGCGACGACCUGAUUGGCUGGGGAAUCCAGAGUGAACUGUGCCUCAUCCACGAGGCCGACAACGGCGCCUGCAAUGGGGAUUCUGGCGGUCCGGCCAUCUACAACAACCAGGUGGUGGGCGUGGCCGGGUUCGUCUGGUCCGCCUGUGGAACCAGCUACCCGGAUGGAUACGCACGGGUCCACUUCCACAACGAAUGGAUCAGGAAUAACUCGGAUGUGCAAUGAUUCCGAUUUUACAGACUGCAUUUUCGAAAACUAAAUAAAAUGUUGGUCAAUUAUUA